AUGGGGAAUAGCGGCUCGCCUCUCAAACAAGUACUGUUUCACCGAGUAGCUCACCAAAGGCAAGUACCAAUCUGGCAGCUUCAUGGACUCCACAAAGGACGCGGAGAGCAACUUGACAGUGACAUCGGUCUCGUCCAGCCUCAUCACCCCAAUGCAAAGAGACCCGAUUCCCAGUUCCCGACGAUACCGGAAGUCCUGAAGGCUCUAGAACUUGAAAAGCUCUUCAUUGCUGAGGAAAUUGUAAUUCCCUAUCUUCAACCAGACCUCUAG